AUGGAUUCUCUUCUCCAAGCCUUGCAAACCCUACAACCCAUGACACUCUUCUUCAUCAUCCCGUUCCUCUUCCUCUCCGGCCUAGUCUUCCGAUACCGGUCUCGAAGACGCUCCCCCUACCCACCGGGCCCCACAGGCCUCCCCAUCAUCGGCAACAUGCUGAUGAUGGACCAAAUAACCCACCGAGGCCUUGCCAAGCUGGCCAAGCAAUAUGGCGGCAUCUUCCACCUCCGCAUGGGGUUCCUCCACAUGGUCGGCAUUUCAAACCCUGACGUGGCGCGCCAGGUCCUCCAAGUCCAGGACAACAUCUUCUCCAACCGCCCCGCCACCAUCGCCAUCAGCUACCUCACCUACGACCGCGCCGACAUGGCUUUCGCCCACUACGGUCCCUUUUGGCGCCAGAUGCGUAAGCUCUGCGUGAUGAAGCUCUUCAGCCGGAAGCGCGCAGAGUCCUGGGACGCCGUGAGGGACGAGGUGGACACGGCGGUCCUUACCGUCUCGGUUCAGGCCGGUUCGGCUGUGAAUAUCGGGGAGCUGGUUUUUUCGUUGACGAAGAAUAUUAUUUAUCGGGCGGCCUUCGGGACGAGCUCGGACGAAGGGCAGGAUGAGUUUAUUGGGAUAUUGCAGGAAUUUUCGAAGUUGUUCGGGGCUUUCAAUAUUGCGGAUUUUAUUCCUUGCCUUGGUUGGGUUGACCCUCAGGGUCUCAACAACAGGCUGGCUAGGGCUCGUCAGUCGUUGGAUGGAUUUAUCGACAGCAUCAUAGACGACCACAUGCAGAAGAAGAAGAACAGUGACCGAUCGAAUGGCGGUGAAACUGAUAUGGUGGAUGAAUUGUUGGCUUUUUACAGUGAUGAAGCCAAAGUAAAUGAGUCUGAUGACAAUUUGCAAAACGCCAUCAACCUUACUAGAGAUAACAUCAAGGCCAUCAUCAUGGAUGUUAUGUUUGGCGGGACAGAGACGGUGGCAUCGGCGAUAGAGUGGGCCAUGGCGGAGCUAAUGAGGAACCCAGAUGAGCUAAAGAGGGUCCAACAAGAACUUGCUGACGUGGUGGGUCUUGAUCGCCGACCUGAAGAGGGAGACUUUGAGAAGUUGACUUACCUAAAAUGUGCACUUAAAGAGACACUGCGGCUACACCCUCCGAUUCCACUGCUCCUCCACGAGACGGCGGAGGACGCGGAGGUGGCCGGCUACCACAUCCCUAAAAAGUCACGCGUUAUGAUCAACUCGUGGGCCAUCGGGCGUGACAAGGACUCGUGGGAGGACGCAGAGUCCUUCAAGCCCUCUAGGUUUUUGAAAGAAGGUGUGCCGGACUUUAAGGGGAGCAACUUCGAGUUCCUUCCGUUCGGGUCCGGUCGGAGGUCGUGCCCGGGCAUGCAGCUCGGGUUGUACUCGCUGGAGUUGGCGGUGGGGCAUUUGCUCCACUGUUUUACGUGGGAGUUGCCUGAUGGGAUGAAACCCAGUGAGCUCGACAUGAACGACGUGUUUGGACUGACCGCUCCCAGAGCGAGUCGACUCAUUGCCGUACCGAGUAAAAGGGUGGUUUGUCCACUCUGA